AUGAUAGUUGCUGAUACUUCUUUGCGGCUUAUUUUCCAAUAUUUUGAGGGUUCUCGACCUAGUAACGUUCCUCACAAAAGAGAAGAAGUGGAACACGAUCCACCUAUGUGGAAAAAGGGGACCGUUGUUUCAAGAGGCGAUACGAGCAACCCUCAAUCAUUGGGAGGAGCAGCUGAACCGUUGUGGACUGCUGGAGCCGCCCAACGCGUUCUGUUGUGCGGUGGUCCACAUCUCACCGCUACUGCGACGGAAUUUUCUGGAUUAUUUGGUUCCACAUCCUCUUAUUUCUAG